CGCCCGCCCGAGCCGGAGUUACAAGAGCCGCCUCCGCGCACGGGGGCCCGGCCACUCGGCGCUGCUCUGCCGCGGGGACUGCACCGCCCGCCCUGCCAGACCCGCCCGGAACGGGGCUCGUCGCCGCCAGUAGCCGCAGCACCGCAGCCUCGGGCCUCGCGCCGGCUAUGGCUGUGCCCUGGGGCUGAGCCCUCAGGUUGUGACCGAGAUCCUGACGAGAGAGACUGAGGGGAAGACAGGAAGGAGGGGCGGGCUCCUGGCAAGGCAUUUGCUCCUGAGCGGAAUCCUGCAAAGAUGGAGAAGGAGGAGGAGACGACCCGGGAGCUGCUGCUGCCCAACUGGCAGGGUAGCGGCUCCCACGGGCUGACCAUUGCCCAAAGGGAUGACGGCGUCUUUGUGCAGGAGGUCACGCAGAACUCCCCUGCGGCCCGCACUGGGGUGGUCAAGGAGGGGGACCAGAUUGUGGGUGCCACCAUCUACUUUGACAACCUGCAGUCGGACGAGGUGACCCAGCUGCUGAACACCAUGGGGCACCACACGGUGGGCCUGAAGCUGCACCGCAAGGGGGACCGCUCCCCCGAGCCUGGCCAGACCUGGACCCGUGAAGUCUUCAGCUCCCGCAGCUCUGAAGUGGUUCUGAGCGGGGAUGAUGAGGAGUACCAGCGCAUCUACACCACGAAGAUCAAGCCACGGCUGAAGUCGGAAGAUGGAGUGGAAGGAGACCUUGGGGAGACCCAGAGCCGCACCAUCACGGUGACCAGAAGGGUCACGGCCUACACUGUGGAUGUGACCGGCCGGGAAGGAGCCAAGGACAUAGACAUCAGUAGCCCUGAAUUCAAGAUCAAGAUUCCAAGACAUGAACGGACUGAAAUCUCCAAUGUGGAUGUGGAGACCCAGUCUGGAAAGACCGUGAUCAGACUGCCCUCGGGCUCGGGGGCGGCCUCUCCAACGCCAGGCUCUGCUGUGGAUAUCCGAGCAGGGGCCAUUUCUGCUUCAGGACCAGAGCUCCAAGGUGCUGGCCACUCAAAGCUCCAGGUCACCAUGCCUGGGAUAAAGGUGGGAGGCUCAGGUGUCAAUGUCAGUGCAAAGGGCUUGGACUUGGGUGGCAGAGGAGGGGUCCAAGUUCCAGCAGUGGACAUUUCAUCUUCUCUUGGGGGUGGGGCAGUAGAGGUGCAGGGCCCAUCUCUGGAGAGUGGUGAUCAUGGCAAAAUUAAAAUUCCCACCAUGAAGGUGCCGAAAUUUGGUGUCUUGACAGGGCCUGAGGGCCAGACGCCAGAGGCAGGGCUGAGGGUUUCUGCACCUGAAGUCUCUGUGGGGCACAAGGGCGGCAAGCCAGGCUUGACUGUCCAAGCCCCUCAGCUGGAAGUCAGUGUGCCCUCUGCCAAUAUUGAGGGCCUUGAGGGGAAGCUGAAGGGCCCCCAAAUCACUGGUCCAUCACUUGAGGGUGACCUAGGCCUGAAAGGUGCCAAGCCACAGGGGCGCAUUGGGGUCGACGCCUCUGCUCCCCAAAUUGGGGGUAGCAUCACUGGCCCCAGUGUGGAAGUUCAGGCCCCUGAUAUUGAUGUUCAGGGGCCUGGGAGCAAACUGAACAUGCCCAAGAUGAAAGUCCCCAAGUUCUCUGUAUCAGGUGCAAAGGGAGAGGAAACUGGGAUUGAUGUGACACUGCCUACAGGUGAAGUGACUAUUCCUGGGGUCUCUGGGGAUGUCAGCCUGCCUGAGAUUGCUACUGGUGGGCUGGAAGGAAAGAUGAAAGGUACUAAAGUCAAGACUCCUGAAAUGAUUAUUCAGAAACCUAAAAUCUCCAUGCAGGAUGUGGAUCUGAGCCUUGGGUCUCCUAAACUGAAAGGAGAUAUUAAGGUUUCUGCUCCUGGGGUACAAGGUGAUGUGAAAGGCCCUCAAGUGGCAGUUAAAGGCCCCAGAGUGGACAUAGAGACCCCAAACCUAGAGGGAACCUUGACAGGCCCCAGGCUUGGCAGUCCUUCUGGGAAAACCGGAACCUGUAGGAUCUCUAUGGCAGAAGUAGACUUAAAUGUGGCCACACCGAAAGUGAAAGGGGGUGUAGAUGUUACACUCCCCAAAGUAGAAGGGAAAGUCAAAGUCCCUGAAGUUGAUGUCAAAGGCCCCAAAGUGGACAUCAGUGCCCCAGAUGUCGAAGCACAUGGCCCAGAAUGGAACCUGAAAAUGCCUAAGAUGAAAAUGCCCACGUUCAGCACUCCAGGAGCCAAAGGGGAAGGUUCAGAUGUGCAUAUGACUCUACCCAAAGGAGAUGUCAGUAUUUCAGGGCCCAAGGUCAGUGUGGAAGCCCCAGAUGUCAACAUAGAGGGUCUCGAGGGGAAGCUUAAAGGCCGCCCUGAUGUUAAGCUGCCUGAUAUGAGUGUCAAGACACCAAAGAUCUCCAUGCCUGAUGUAGAUGUGCACGUGAAAGGUACAAAGGUGAAGGGAGAGUAUGAUGUAACUGUACCAAAGCUUGAAGGAGAACUCAAAGGCCCGAAAGUGAACAUUGAUGCCCCAGAUGUGGACAUUCAUGGCCCAGACUGGCACUUGAAGAUGCCAAAGAUGAAAAUGCCCAAAUUCAGUGUGCCAGGGUUCAAAGCAGAGGGCCCAGAAGUGGAUGUGAACCUGCCCAAGGCUGAUGUGGACAUUUCCGGGCCCAAGGUAGAUGUUAGUGUUCCUGAUGUGAGCAUUGAGGGACCAGAAGGGAAAUUGAAAGGGCCCAAGUUUAAGAUGCCUGAGAUGAACAUCAAAGUCCCCAAGAUCUCCAUGCCUGAUGUGGACUUACAUUUGAAAGGCCCUAAUGUAAAGGGAGAAUAUGAUGUCACAAUGCCAAAGGUUGAAAGUGAGAUUAAAGUUCCUGAUGUUGAACUUAAAAGUGCCAAAGUGGACAUCGAUGCCCCAGAUGUGGAGGUUCAAGGCCCAGAUUGGCACCUGAAGAUGCCCAAGGUGAAAAUGCCCAAAUUCAGCAUGCCUGGCUUCAAAGGAGAGGGCCCAGAUGUGGAUGUGAACCUGCCCAAGGCCGACAUUGAUGUCUCGGGACCCAAGGUGGACAUUGAUGUUCCAGAUGUGAAUAUCGAAGGUCCAGAUGCAAAACUGAAGGGCCCCAAGUUCAAGAUGCCUGAAAUUAAUAUCAAAGCUCCCAAGAUCUCCAUACCUGAUGUUGACCUAGAUUUGAAAGGACCCAAAGUAAAAGGAGAGUAUGAUGUGGCUGUCCCUAAGGUUGAAGGGACUUUGAAAGGCCCAGAAGUAGACCUUAAAGGUCCAAACCUGGAUUUCGAAGGCCCCAAUGCCAAACUCAGUGGCCCAUCUUUGAAGAUGCCGUCACUGGAGAUAUCUGCUCCUAAAGUAACUGCUCCUGAUGUUGAUUUGCAUCUCAAGGCACCAAAAAUUGGAUUUUCAGGUCCGAAGUUAGAAGGUGGUGAAGUGGACCUCAAGGGGCCCAAAGUUGAAGCUCCAAGCUUAGAUGUACACAUGGACAGCCCAGAUAUUAACAUCGAAGGGCCAGAUGUUAAAAUCCCCAAAUUUAAGAAACCCAAGUUUGGAUUUGGGGCAAAAAGUCCCAAAGCUGACAUCAAAUCACCUUCACUAGAUGUCACUGUUCCUGAGGCAGAGCUGAACCUUGAGACUCCUGAAAUUAGUGUUGUUGGCAAGGGGAAGAAAAGUAAGUUUAAAAUGCCUAAAAUUCAUAUGAGUGGUCCUAAAAUUAAGGCCAAAAAACAGGGAUUUGACCUGAAUGUUCCUGGGGCUGAAAUUGAUGCCAGUCUCAAGGCUCCCGAUGUUGAUGUCAACAUCGCAGGGCCGGAUGCUGCACUCAAAGUCGACGUGAAAUCGCCGAAAACCAAGAAAACGAUGUUUGGAAAAAUGUACUUCCCAGAUGUAGAGUUUGACAUUAAAUCACCUAAAUUUAAAGCUGAGGCUCCUCUCCCUAGCCCCAAAUUGGAGGGUGAACUCCAGGCACCUGAUCUGGAACUUUCUUCGCCAGGGAUUCACGUCGAAGGUCCUGACAUCAAGGCGAAGGCUCCCAAGGUCAAGAUGCCAGGUGUGGACAUCUCAGUGCCAAAAAUAGAGGGUGACCUGAAAGGCCUCAAAGUGCAGGCAAACUUGGAUGCACCUGACGUCAACAUCGAAGGCCCAGAUGCUAAAGUCAAAACACCUUCCUUCGGCAUUUCUGCCCCUCAAGUCUCCAUCCCUGAUGUGAAUGUGAACUUGAAAGGACCAAAGAUGAAGGGUGACGUCCCCAGCGUGGGACUGGAAGGACCAGAUGUAGAUCUGCAAGGUCCGGAAGCAAAAAUUAAGUUCCCCAAGUUUUCCAUGCCCAAGAUCGGCAUCCCUGGUGUGAAAAUGGAGGGUGGGGGAGCCGACAUCCAUGCUCAGCUACCCUCUCUUGAAGGAGACUUGAGAGGACCAGAUGUUAAGCUCGAAGGGCCUGAUGUUUCUCUAAAGGGGCCGGGAGUAGACUUGCCUUCAGUGAACCUCUCUAUGCCAAAAGUCUCUGGGCCUGACCUUGAUCUGAACUUGAAAGGACCAAGUUUGAAGGGAGACCUGGAUGCAUCUGUUCCCAGCAUGAAGGUGCAUGCUCCAGGGCUCGACCUCAGCGGUGUCGGUGGCAAAGUGCAGGUGGGAGGAGACGGUGUGAAAGUGCCAGGGAUCGAUGCCACAACAAAGCUUAACGUUGGGGCACCAGAUGUGACACUGAGGGGACCAAGCCUGCAGGGAGACCUGGCUGUCUCUGGUGACAUCAAAUGCCCUAAAGUAUCCGUAGGAGCUCCUGAUCUAAGCUUGGAGGCAUCCGAAGGCAGCAUUAAACUUCCCAAAAUGAAGCUGCCCCAAUUUGGCAUCUCUACUCCAGGGUCCGACUUGCACGUUAAUGCCAAGGGGCCACAGGUUUCUGGAGAACUGAAGGGGCCAGGUGUGGAUGUGAACUUGAAAGGGCCUCAGAUUUCAGCACCGAAUGUGGACUUUAACUUGGAAGGACCAAAAGUGAAAGGGAGCCUUGGGGCCACUGGCGAGAUCAAAGGCCCUACUGUUGGAGGAGGUGUUCCAGGCAUCAGUGUUCAAGGCCUAGAAGGAAACCUCCAGAUGCCUGGAAUUAAGUCCUCUGGAUGUGAUGUGAACCUGCCAGGUGUGAAUGUGAAACUCCCAGCUGGGCAGAUUUCUGGUCCUGAAAUCAAAGGUGGUCUGAAAGGUUCAGAAGUAGGUUUCCACGGGCCUGCUCCCGAUGUCAGUGUGAAAGGGCCUUCCUUUAAUAUGGCAUCUCCUGAGUCAGAUUUUGCCAUCAACUUGAAGGGCCCAAAAGUCAAAGGAGGUGUGGAUGUUUCAGGGGGUGUCAGUGCCCCAGACAUCAGCCUCGGUGAAGGGCAUGUGAGUGUUAAAGGUUCCGGGGCUGAGUGGAAGGGACCCCAGGUCUCCUCUGCUCUCAACUUGGACACAUCUAAGUUUGCUGGGGGCCUUCAUUUCUCAGGACCAAAGGUGGAAGGAGGUGUGAAAGGAGGUCAGAUCGGACUCCAGGCUCCUGGGCUGAGUGUGUCUGGGCCUCAAGGUCACUUGGAAAGUGGAUCUGGAAAAGUAACAUUCCCUAAAAUGAAGAUCCCCAAAUUUACCUUCUCUGGCCGUGAGCUGGUUGGCAGAGAAGUGGGGGUGGAUGUUCACUUCCCUAAAGCAGAGGCCAGUGUCCAAGCUGGUGCUGGAGACGGCGAGUGGGAAGAGUCUGAAGUCAAACUGAAAAAGUCCAAAAUCAAAAUGCCCAAGUUUAAUUUUUCCAAACCUAAAGGGAAAGGUGGUGUCACUGGCUCACCAGAAGCAUCCAUCUCUGGGUCCAAAGGUGACCUGAAAAGUUCCAAGGCCAGCCUGGGCUCUCUGGAAGGAGAGGCAGAGGCCGAAGCCUCUUCACCAAAAGGCAAAUUCUCCUUAUUUAAAAGUAAGAAGCCACGGCACCGCUCAAAUUCAUUCAGUGAUGAGAGAGAGUUCUCUGGACCUUCCACCCCGACGGGGACUCUGGAGUUUGAAGGUGGGGAGGUGUCGCUGGAAGGCGGGAAAGUUAAAGGGAAACACGGGAAGCUGAAAUUCGGUACCUUUGGUGGAUUGGGGUCAAAGAGCAAAGGUCAUUAUGAGGUGACUGGGAGUGAUGAUGAGACAGGCAAGUUACAGGGGAGUGGGGUGUCCCUGGCCUCUAAGAAGUCCCGACUGUCCUCCUCUUCUAGCAAUGACAGUGGGAAUAAGGUUGGCAUCCAGCUUCCUGAGGUGGAGCUGUCAGUUUCCACAAAGAAAGAGUAGCAGGCCUUUGUAUGUGUGUACAUAUAUAUAUAUAUAUAACAAAACAUCAGCCUUGGGUGUGUUCCUAUAUAAACUCCAAAGGGAAGCACACCGACCGCCUCAGCAAUCAUGCAAAGAUCUUGCCUGGCCCGGUGGCAAGCGCUGAAAAACCGACCGCCUGUAGGCUCCUGGAACUAUACAGAUAGGUAAAGAGUUCCAAGUUCGUCCAGCCCAUGUGCAAAGUCAACAGUAUUUGCCUUAAGAUUUCAUAUAUAUAUAUUUUUUGCAUUGACUGCUGAGAGCUCCUGUUUACUACGCAAGCUUUUGUGUUUAUUAUCCUCAUUUUUACUGAACAUUGUUAGUUUUGGGGUAAUGGAAACCCACUUUUUCAUUGUAAUGACUUUGGGGGCUUUUGUUAGUAAGGGUGGGUGGGGUGAUGGGUUGCAGACGGAGGUCAGGUCUUCCUCUUUUCUGAGAUUGGAUCUAUUCAAACAGCAAACACCUACAGGUGGCCCAGAGGUGGCGGCAGUCAGAGUGUGUGGGUGUUUCAGGAUUCUUUAGCGUUGCUUCUUUCACCCAGGGGUGGUGGUCCCAGCCAGUUUGGUGCUGACGGUGAGAGGAAAUUAGAACCUGUUUGCAAAUUGUCCAACCCACCCCCUCAACAUGAGGGGCUUCCAUUUUCUGUGUUUUGUAAGGAAAAUGUUUCCUUCAGGCCGCCAUGUUCCUGAUACUAGUUCUGAUUUCUUUUUAACAAAUAUUAUCAUGAUUAAGAACAUUUCCAGCACUUUAAUGGCCAAUUAACUGAGAAUGUAAGAAAAUUGAUGCUGUACAAGGCAAAUAAAACUGUUUAUUAACCUUGA